ACAUGCACAUUAUCUUCAAGGAUACAUUUAUAAUCCUUGACAUCAUUUAUAUAAUUUUAAUUAUGGGAACACUAUGGGCUGUCAUUAAUCUUUUAUCCUUUUUUAACAAAAGAUUGUUUUGGGAGCCUAGAUGAGACAACAAUAGUAAGCCGCAUGGCCUUUUUUUUAUCAGCGCAUAUUUAAAUGUAUAAUAUGCAACAUAUCGCCGUGAUUUUUAAAUUAUUUGAUAUCCAUCCGAAGUGAAGGACUUUUUGCUAUUUUUUUUUCUCAUAACGCCAUGAGCUCCGAUAUUGCCAUAUGAGAAAUUAGCAUGUUAAUUCUACGUUAUCUAUGAUCGACGUAGCAGAUUGUCUAUGAUGUACGGUGAAGGGUGGAGGGACGGACAGAUAUCGCUUCGUUGACGCCUAAAAUAAUUAUUUCAUGGUGUUUUGUGAUAAAAUCCAUAUAUACGGAAUACAUUUAGUGAAUUUAUUAAAUACUUCGAUUGUGUUCGUGUGUAAAGGUGUAAUUAGGUGGCUUAUUCGUUAAUCUCCACUGAUUACAUUCCGACCGCUCCCUCGCGCAAAGUACGUCAGACGUUAAGUAUUUUUCGUACUGUUUGUACUACUUGCGAUAGUAGGCCGUAAUAGUAAAAGCUGUUGGAAAGUGCAUUUGUACGGGAAAUUGUCGGUGUAAAAAACUAUCUCACGUUCCAUUUAUCUGAAAGCGCUAUGAGUUGAUCGUUUAAGUUUGUGAGAUAUUGUCGUUUGUGGCCAUUUUUCGGUACAUUCGUAGGUCAAUCUUCAAACAGUGAUGGCGUUAAGUCGACAGAAACACUAGGGAAGGCUGGACAGACAUGAUAGCAGCGCAAUGGACGGCGUAAAGAAAAUACAUUCGGGGACAUUGUACCGGAACGGGCCGGUGGAGGGCGCGUACGGUUCGCAGCACAGUCCCGUGUCGCGCUCGGACGCGUCCACGGAGGACGCGGAGCUAUCCGCCGCGCUCGCGCACCAGCACCACCUCGCCAUGCAGGCCGGCGAUUACCAGGGCGUCGGCGCGGGCGUCGACCCCGACUACGGCCAGUAUGUGUCCUCCCCGGGCGCGCACUACAACCACAUGGGACACCUGACCAUGGCGCCCUCGCAGAAAUAUCCACAUGUGAUGGAUUCAGUAUCCGUAUCCGGUGGCGGUACGUACGGCGCGACGGGCGGCCACUACGGAACGUACGGACACUACGGAGCCACGGCAUAUCCGGCUCAACCGGCGUAUAUGGUCGAGCCACCGCCCAACGUCCCGCAGUACAUAGGCCAGGAAUACGUGGAAGGCGGUGGUAGUGCGUCACCCCGAAGUGCCUCGCCAGGCGCUUUGCCCCCUCAACACAAUUUGCACUUACAACAAAGGUACGACUCAGCGUCGCUAGAACAAAUCGGCCGCCAUUACUGCGUGACGUCACCCCGCGGCGAGUACGCGGCCGACGCGUACGGCUACCAGCACUACCCCACCGCUUAUGACCCCAACCCACACCAACCGCCGCAGUUCAAAGAUUCACAAAACGGAUUAAGUUUAGGCAGUGCAGGUGGUCAAUCAAUGUAUGGGGAUGAAGAGGAAUUACAGAAACAAAUGGCCAACAUGGCGUUAGUUCACGGCGGAGUCGGCCGCGAAGAUGGCGGCGGUCUACAGUGGCGGGAUCCCAACCUUCCAGAAGUCAUCGGCUUCCUAAACUCACCCUCGGACGUCGUCAAAGCGAACGCGGCGGCGUACCUCCAACAUCUCACGUAUAUGGACGACCCUAACAAACAGAAGACUAGGAGUUUAGGCGGAAUCCCACCGUUAGUCCGGCUAGUGUCCCACGAGAACCCCGAAGUGUGUCGCAACGCGUGCGGCGCCCUGAGGAACUUGUCCUACGGCCGGCAAAAUGACGAGAACAAGCGCGCCAUACGAGACGCGGGCGGUAUUCCUGCACUCAUGGCUUUGUUAUGUCGAGCUACUGAUAUGGAGGUGAAAGAACUGGUGACCGGUGUAAUAUGGAACAUGUCGUCGUGUGAAGACCUCAAGCAAUCUAUCAUAGACGACGCGGCUCAAGUCAUUGUCAACAAAGUUAUCAUUCCUCACUCUGGCUGGCAUCCAACCAACCCCGGUGACACUUAUUGGUCUACAGUAUUCCGAAACGCAUCCGGCGUGCUGCGCAACGCGUCGUCGGCGGGCGAGUACGCGCGGCGCCGCCUGCGCUGCCUGGGCGGGCUGGCCGAGGCGCUGCUGCACGCCGUGCGCGCCGCCAUACAGUGCAACGCCAUCGGCACCAAGAUCGUCGAGAACUGCGUCUGCGUGCUCAGGAACCUGUCCUACAGAUGUCAAGAAAUAGAAGAUCCCCUAUACGAUACUAGAGCACCACCUACCCAGUCAUCUGGCCAAGCGAGGAUACAAGCAAGCGCUUCCAAAGGAGAGAACCUAGGCUGUUUCGGGGGCAGUAAAAAGAAGAAGGAAGGGUCAUCGUCGUCCAACUCCACCAGCCCGCUCGGCAAGAGCGACCCCGACAGCCAGCCGCUCGGCGACACCACGCAGCUCGGCUACAGCGUACCCAAGGGCACGGAGAUGCUGUGGUCACCUGAGGUGGUGCCACUAUACAUGGCGCUGCUGCAGACGUGCUCGAACCCGGAGACGCUGGAGGCGGCGGCGGGCGCGCUGCAGAACCUGGCGGCCUGCUACUGGCAGCCCUCCAUCGACAUACGGGCGGCUGUGAGGAAAGAGAAGGGUCUACCUAUAUUAGUGGAAUUGCUUCGAAUGGAAGUUGACCGCGUCGUAUGUGCCGUCGCCACGGCUCUUCGAAAUUUGGCAAUCGACCAACGCAACAAGGAGCUCAUCGGGAAAUACGCCAUGCGGGACCUCGUGCAGAAGCUGCCUAGCGGGAACCAACAACAUGACCAGCAGGGCACAUCGGACGACACGAUCGCGGCCGUCCUGGCCACGCUAAACGAAGUGAUCAAGAAGAGCGGCGAGUUCAGCCGCUCGCUGCUAGAGGCCGGCGGCGUGGAGCGCCUGCUCAACCUCACCAAGCAGCGCCAUCGGCAUACGCCGAGGGUGCUGAAGUUUGCAGGGCAAGUGCUGCAGACGAUGUGGUCGCACGCGGAGCUGCGCGAGGUGUACCGCAAGCACGGCUGGCGCGAGGCCGACUUCCUCACGCCCGCGCGCGCCGCGCAGCCGCGCACCGCCUCCAACACCUCCGGUGGCGGCACGCCGGUGGGCGGCGCGCCGCACUCGCCCAGCAACGCCAACAGCACGCUCAGCCGGCCCAUGGCCAGCACGGGCGGCACGCGCUACGAGGACCGCACCAUCCGGAGGCACAGAGAGAACGAUGACGCCCCAACGAUGGACGUGAACAACUAUCAAGACGGUCUGGGCAUGGGGAACCCCAACGGCCGGCCCAUGAACCUGCAGGGCGUGCAGGCCACCAUGCCCAUGCCGCCCAGCAGUCGCUAGUGCGCUCAACGCAGAUCGUGGGGGUAACUUGCUUGUCACACUAAAAUCAACCUUAAUGUUAGGUGCUAAAGUUUAAAGUGUGGCGGUUAGUGUAAUGAGGAGUCGAACAGAGAGUACCUGCCAGUUAUAUCACAAACAAAUAAUGUAUAGACGCUUGAAUGGGUAACCAACGGCCGUCCCAAGGCGACCAUGCCCAUGCCGCCAAGCAGUCGCUAGUGCGUCCAACACAGGUCGAUGUGCUUAUCACACUCUAAAAUUAACCUUAAUGCGGGGUGUUAAGGAGAGGUCGAGUAGUGAGUACUUGGGAGUUAUGUCACAAACAAAUGCGAUAAUAGAUGCUUGAACCUCCAAGUCGUGCAGGCUGGCAUUCUCUUGAAACCCUGCAGUCGCUACUCUAUACCAUCCGCAAACCAAACUGACGACGGAGCUCAUAAGUGCGAAGACAAAUAUUGAUAAAUAUUUUAGUAUCUAUAUUCGAAUUCUAAACUCAUGUGUACAUCUAUGGUCGACUCCCCUUUGCACAAGUUACAAUUUCUGUUCUCGCCAAUAUCUAAUGUAGUGCCAUUUUAUAAAAAUACAAACUUUGUUGCAGCGGUUUAUUCAAGUUAUUCUCACGAUCUUAACCGAAUUGUAAUUUAUAUUACAUAUGAAAGUAUCUUGCACAAGCAUUUAUUAUAAAUGCAUUAAAUAUAUGUAGCGUUUCGUCUAUGACCGUUGUUCUGUUCCUUUUUGAUCACCGAACGUGCAAUGACGCAUGUUUUUACGAGUAAUCAAUAAAAUGAACCGUUGAAGUGUUUUCAAAUCUAUUAUAGUUACGUGCAGUCACGGACUUAGCCGUUUAGGGUUUACAUUACAUUGGACAUUUCAUACCGCUAAUAUUGGCAACCAAAUUAGCUUCAACCCUAAAUGGAUCAAUAGUCAAAAUUCAUUUUAUUGAUCUACGUAAAUCAUUUAAAUCAUGGAACUAUCAGAUAAUAUGAAUAUAUGUAAAUUACGUUUUAGUCGCUUAAAGACAAACAGGUAGUAUUAGUCACUUUUUAAUUUGCGUUUACAUAGAAUAAUAAUGUCUAGAAAGUAAAUAUUAGAAACCGAACUGAUAAUUACUAUGUACAGUCAAGUUAUUAAAUAUCGAUACGGACAAAGUGACAAAAAUAUGUACACACUACCUUACUAUAUAGGCACUAAGGUCGUGUAUACAUAUUUUUGGCACUUUGUCCGUAUCGAUAUUUAAUACCUUGACUGUAUGACCACGUUUUCACACCUCGCUCUUUUGCGAGUGAGAUCGAGAGAAGUGAUAUUUUGACUUCACUUUUUAACAGAGCGCUAUUAUAGGAACUGGUGGGAGACAGGACAAGACCGGGAUACGUGGAAAGGGAGGAGCUGCCCAGCAGUGGGACACUUAGCUCAUAAAUAAGCGGGACUUGGUUUCUAGGUGUUAUUAUUCUAAGCACUUAAUUUACGAUGGCCUAAGUAAAAUAGCGCCGUGUUUUAUGAGAUCAUGUCAAUUCCCAUGUAUAUAGUCGUGCCAUUGGAUGUCGUGUAACCUCAGGGUUUUCAAGUAGCUGUUGUGUUUUUUCUAUUGGGGGCAUUGGGGCCGUGUUUGGACUAGAGAUAAGUCCUUUCCGUUAGGUAAGACUUAUUUUAAAGGCGGAUUAAUAUGUAAAUAUGGGUUUAAUAUUGGAAUAUGAAUUGCUAUAUUUACUUUGUAUUAUUAUGAAGGUUUUUUUUUCCCUAAUAUGACUAUUAUUUAAGAAACAAAACUUGGCAGCUGUAAAGGUAAAAUACCUCGUUUAAUGCAGCUUCAAAACAUUAAAUAUCAGACAAAAUUGUAAUUCACAUUUCAAUAUUAAACGCGUAUUAUGAACUCCUUAUAUAAAUUUAAUAUACAUAAACGUAUUAUGAAAAUUAUACAACAAAUAUUCAAUUAUUACCAUAGACAAAUAAAUAAUCAGACACGUAAAGUACCGCAAAAGAUUGUGUCAUGGCUAGCGCAUGACAACCGCAUAAAGCACGAUGUUGUACAGCGCCAUCUGCUGUCAAAUUUGCGUCUACAAUACUUAACGCGUCUUAGUAUUCUUUUGUCUGUUUCACUAAAAAAUAUUGAUAUCCAAAAUUGGUCAUGUCCACCUUAUUCCUUACAACACCGAAUAGUGACUAUUAAAUAGGUUUUUUGUAAUACUAUUUUGUAUCCAUUCCACAACCUAAGAAUAAUUGUAAUAUAGGUGUCUAUUGUCCUAUGAUAUACUUAAGGAUUAUCCGUCUUAACGUAGCGAUAUAGGCGUACGAUGUCAUGUAAGCUUCGGAAUAAAUUGGUAGCCUGAUUUUAACCGACGAAUGGUAAAAAUCCUUAACUGUUAUAGAAAAACUUUAUUUAUUGUUCAUCAGAGGCUCGGCAGUUUUAAACUUAGCUAAAUAUAUUUCAAAUGCUAAUCGAAUACCUAGAGGGGCAAAGUUGAAGAAACAUUGAAUUGUGAAGUCAAAAAUGUUAACAAUAGGAAAUAUUAAAGUCAAAAAUGUUAACAAUAUGAAAUAUUACACAAAACUCUGGAUAGAGGGCGCUACUAGCGCUAACUCAGGGCCUACCGCAAAACACGAAAAUCGUUAUUUCGUUAUCAACGUCUCUAUAACUCUUGUAGAUUUGAUCCAUAGAGAGGCAGAUUUUCGGAUUUCGCGGUAGACUAUGUUAAGUAACCUCCUUGAUACAUCAAAGUCAUAGUGAAAACUUGUCAAAAAACUGUUUAAUGCAUAGUAUGUAUAAGUUAAUCUAUAGUUUGCAAUAUGAGCUAGUGUUGCACUCUGGCGGCAGAACAUUGCAGUAAUACCCCGUAUUGCGUUACUACAAAAUGUAUUGCCUGAUAUCAGAGCCAUCUAGUGAAGCUAUUCAGAUGAUACUUCUUAUUUAGCUAUUUGCGUCGAUAGUUUAGUUGUAUCUGUGCCCCGGUAUAGUUGCCUAAAGUUUUUCUAUAACAUUGUUAAGUUGUGGAAGUUUAGUUCAAAUAAUAUUAAUUCGCUGCGGAACAUUCUGAUUCUCUUAAUAUUCUAAUAAGAUUGAUAUUGGGUUAAAAAACCAAUCAUUCUAUCACGCAGACUAGAAUCAGAAUGCUACCAGCGACAAAAAAUCCUAAGCUCCAUUAUUAUGACAAAUUAAUUAAACUAACAUAAAUUUCAAUUUAUUUUGAUAUUAAGAGAUAAUUUUAAUGCGCUCGAAGCAUUCGCGACUCGUAAGACGCGAGCUUCUCGUAGGGCGUCCGCUCGGUGGCGCGGGUGCAUGGAGCGUGUGAGCAGGAUAACGAAAAAUUGUAUGAGCGUUGCCAACUUGCGCGGACGCGUGCGACAGAUUUAACCUACUAUGACACCCGCGUGCGUGUGCCCGCCGUGCACCCGCGCGAGCUAGCGGAUGACCUUAGUUAUUUCGAGAGAAAAUGCUUUAAAACUGUUUCGGUUGACUUCCCUCCGUCUAUGGUGUUAGUUUUAUCUAUAUAGCAUUUAACUAUUUAUUUUUCAUUAAUAAUUAAACUAGGAUUAUUUUAGUUAAUCAUAGGCCAUAAAUUUAAGAGAUUUUUGUGAGAACUUUUUUCUUUUUCUAUAAAAAAAAACAUAUUUGCACAAUAAUGCAUUUCUACGUCUCCUGAGACAACCACAUGACUGACUGGUACAAAACUACCCUCAUCCAGUGCAUUAUAUGUUUUAAGUACCCAUGUAUGUAAGUGUUUUUGUAUAUUUUUAUUAUAAAUGUAAGUGAAUGUACAACGUUUCUUUUUCUUCAUUACAAUACACUUGCCAGGGCAACAUAGCUUCUAUGAAGCUUGAAUUAAUGAUCAUUUCCUUUUUUUUAGUUUCUUCCCAACUAGAUGUAAGGAUAAAUAUUUAAUCGACAAGAUACUUCAUUAAAUUUUGAUGGUAUUUAGUUUUAAGGGCAUUGUCCAAUUUUAUAUUAUUUAAAAAGUGCCCUAACUUUUUAUAACUUAUAUUAUAUCGAAAUGUAUUACUUAGAAAACGUCACUGAUCUAUAUUUGACAUAAUGGCGGCAUCGUCAAAUCGUAACGUAAUUUUAGGUUAUCUCAGACAGCUUCCAUUGUAGAUAUCAUUGAAGAUGAUUUAUAAUUUUAACGGAAUAAUGUAUACUUGGAAUAAACCACCCUCAGUAGGGCUUGUUGUAUAGAUCACUUUUAUUUUCUUAAUUAGGUUUCCCAGCUGUAGAAUAUUAGUUCUUGUUAUCACUUUCACUUUGCAGAAGAUCUCUAUAAGUUUAUAGUAUUUUUAGGUCAUUGUAGUUUCACCACUAGAACUUUGCAAGCGGAUUUAUGAGGGUAAAUGCAUGUUGUCUAUGCGCUAACCAUUUUGACUUUACCGCAUCAAGAAAUUUCCGCGCGCAUAGAUUCUAAUGGAGUUCUCUGUAGUGUUACACCACGAAGAAAAGUAUAUUAAAAUGUCUAUGGUAUACCAUAGAUAUAGAGUUGUUGGAACAGUAAUACUCGAUUAUUUAUAUUUUAUUUAAAAUUUUAUAUUGAAAAUUAUUUAAAGAGCGCAGUCUUCGUUUGUCGUUGCGACGUAGCUGAUAGUGAAUGAUAGUUUCUCUUAUGUCAUGUUGUAAGUAGAUUUUAAUAGAAAAUAUUUGUCUUAUAUAAAGAUACAUUAUGAUUGAAAAUAAUUAUUAUAUUAUACACAAUUCACAGAGAAUUAAAUGAAUGAUUUUUUUA